AAUGAAGUGUGACAGUAGCCCUACUCGCCGCCGCCAUGGAGCAGCCGCGCGCUGCUGCUCGCCUGCGGAGGAUUCUGGGGCACCUUGGCGGUUCCUCGGUUCGGGCCGUGGUAUCCUUUGGGGUAGCUCACCGCACAUCAGGGAAGAUUACCCCUGCAAAUUUCCAUCCUCAGCAAUUCCAGUAUACUUUGGAUAAUAAUGUGCUGAGCCUGGAUCAGAGAAAAUUUUAUGAAGAAAAUGGAUUUCUUGUUAUUAAAAAUCUAGUAUCUGAUGCUGAUAUUCAACACUUUAGGGUUGCAUUUGAAAAGAUCUGCAGCGAGGAGUCCAAACCAGCAGGACUCAUGAUAAUAAGAGAUGUGUCCUCUGUGGAAUCAGAGAAUAUACCAAGUGAGGAAACAAUUGCAAGGAUUCAAGAUUACCAGGAAGAUAAGGAGCUCUUUAGAUACUGCACUCUCCCAGAGAUUCUGAAGUAUGUGGAGUGCUUCACUGGACCCAAUGUCAUGGCCAUGCACACAAUGCUGAUAAACAAACCUCCAGAUACGGGCAGGAAGACUUCCCGGCACCCCUUGCACCAGGAUCUGCACUUUUUCCCCUUCAGGCCCAGCAAUCGCAUUGUGUGUGCUUGGACCGCCAUGGAGCACAUUGACGGGAACAACGGCUGUCUGGCUGUCCUCCCAGGCACCCACAAACUUCCCCUGAAGCCACAUGACUACCCCCAGUGGGAGGGUGGAGUUAACAUUUUCUACCAUGGGAUCCAGAACUAUGACCAGGACCAUGCCCGAGUGCACCUUGUGAUGGAGAAGGGAGACACCGUUUUCUUCCACCCAUUGCUCAUCCAUGGAUCUGGUCGGAAUCAAACUCAAGGAUUCCGGAAAGCAAUUUCCUGCCAUUUUGCCAGUUCUGAUUGCCACUACAUCGAUGUGAAGGAUACCAGUCAAGAACACAUUGAGAAAGAAGCUGUGGGAAUAGUAGAUAAAUUCUACGGAAGUGACAGUGGCUUAGACUUGAAGAAUGCAGUGAACAAUCUGUAAUGCACCUGCUGUAAAGGACAAAUUGAAGACCCAGAGACUGGACUAAGUAACAGAGCUAGAUUUCAAAGUCAGGCCUAAUUCUGAAAUCAUUCUUUCCACAAUACCUUGCUGUCUGCUCAACCAGAAACAAGAAACAAGAAAUUAGAAGGUCUCAAUUGCUUUAUUAAUAAUUGCAGCAGGGUGCGUUGUGACACAUGCCUGUAAUCCCAGCUACUUCACAGCUUGGCUGAGGCAGGAGGAUUGCAAGUGAGGCCAGCCUCAACAACUUAGUGAGCCUCUGUCUCAAAAUGGAAAAUAAAAAGCCUGGGGAUAUAGAUCAGUGGAGAGUGGCCCUGGGUUCUAUCUCCAGUACCCCCCUCCCCAUACCAAGUAAGCCAGUAUACACCGUACCAUAUUCACUUCUACGAUCUCAUCAGAGUUGCAACCUCAAAGUGGUUCAGGCAAGUAAUAAAAAGACAAGCUGAGAGAAGGGUUGUGAGCUACUGUGACUGAGCAUCACAGCCACCCUCCUGGUGUAUAACCUGUGAUCAGCGAGGCCGACAGCUUGGGGAUCCACUGACUCCAUGCAAUUGGCAUUGUUUUAAUUGUUGGCAAUAGAAUUAAUUGCAGUUUCAAAGCUUGUUUAUUUAUUAAUCAAUAUAAGAAUCAUAGCAUUGUUUUCCUAGUUAAGCAUUUGUAGAGCCUAGAAAUCUUUGUGGGGAAUAGGCCAAUGGAUGUGUUCCACACACUCA